AUCGCGAAACUCCGCGAGUGACGUCACCCGCGGAGUUUCUUUACGGCCGGAAUCGCGCGCGAUGGAGGUCGAGUUGGGGUCCCGGUCCCCGGGGUCAGGUGGAGCCACGGCCCUGCUAUACGAUGCACGGAUGAUGCAGCAUUGUCUGUUGUGGGACAACCCGGUGUGCGCCAUCGAGGUCCCGGAGCGGCUGAGCGUGGUGGCGGAGCGGCUCGCCGAGCGGGGCCUCACGGAGCGCUGCCUGCUCAUGCAGCCUCGCCACGCCACGCCCGAGGACAUCCUGCUGGUGCACAGUGCCGAGUAUCUGGCAUUGGUGGAGUCCACGGUGUCGAUGUCGCUUGAGGAGCUGAAGGCCCUCUCCGACAAAACCAUGGAUGCAUUCUUCCACCCGGACACGUACGCCUGCGCACGGCUAGCGCUGGGCGCCACCCUGCAGCUUAUGGAUGCCGUUGUCACAGGCGCGGUGAGGAACGGGGUCGCGCUUGUGAGACCCCCUGGCCACCACAGCCAGAGGAACGAGGCAAACGGAUUCUGCAUCUUCAACAACGUGGCCAUCGCAGCGGAGCGCGCCAAACGCACGCACGGGCUGCAACGGAUCCUCAUCGUGGACUGGGACAUCCACCACGGCCAAGGAACCCAGUUCAUCUUUGAGGACGACCCCAGCGUUCUCUACUUCUCGUGGCACCGCUACGAGCACGCCAAGUUCUGGCCGAACCUGCGCAAGUCCGAAUUCGACUGUGUGGGGAAUGGCCCCGGCACCGGUUUCAACCUCAACCUGCCCUGGAACGAGGUGGGCAUGGGCAACGGAGACUACCUCUACGCGUUCCUGCGCACGCUGCUGCCCGUCGCUUACGAGUUUGACCCCGAGCUGGUGAUCGUCUCCGCGGGUUUCGACUCCGCUAUCGGCGACCCGGAGGGCAAGAUGAGCGCGACCCCCGAGUGCUUCGCCCACCUGACGCAGCUGCUGGGGGGCCUGGCCGGGGGGCGGCUGUGCAUCGUCCUCGAGGGCGGCUACAACCUGUCCUCGCUCGCCGAGUCGGUGUGCUUCACAGUACAGACGAUGCUGGGGGACCCGGUGCCCCCACUCUCCGGCCGCAUGGCCCCCCAUGUCAGCGCCAUGGAAAGCGUGCACAACCUGGUGACCUCACACGCGCCGCACUGGGGCUGCUUCCGGCUCCACGCAGAUCCGCCGGAGCUGGCCGCCGCAUUCGGAGCGGACUCUGGGGAUCUGCCCUGGCACCACCAGCCCGACCUCGCCGAUCCCUCCGUGAGCCUCACCGCUGCCAUCGGGACGCCAAACUUCAAUAGGCUGAUGCGCGAUCACGUGGCCGGCCUCCGUGUGGCCGUGACGCCAAUCCGGACGGCCGUGUCGGGUUUCCCAGAAGGCAGCGAUGGCGCGGCAGAGGUGGCUGGAUGUGCGACGGUGCAGCCGAGACGUCUCUCGGCCGAGCAGUUGUCGGCUCUGUUGAGGGGAGCCUCCCCGGAGUCGGCGGGCGAGGGGGCGGCCGCACAAGUCUGCGGCCUCCUAGACCAGGUGCUGCGGGGACAGGUCCGAAACGGGGCGGCCCGCGUGCCCCUGAGCCAGGGCCUGCUCACCUGCGCCAGCAACUACGCCCGCCAGCUGGGAGCCAAGCGGACCCUGCUGCUGUCCAUUGGAGCGGACGUCCCAGCAAGCGUUUCGGAUGAAGGGGACGUGCUGGUGCUGGACGUGCAGGGCGCCGCGGCAGAGCCGGAGGAACCGGCACGGAGCGGCGAGCGCCACCUCGUCAUCAGCUGGCCCGAGCUCGGCGAGGGCGAGCUGCUGUGGACACUGCUGCACCUGGUCCUGCCCGUGGCCUACGAGUUCCGCCCGGACCUCCUGCUGCUCGUCUUGGGCGAUGCCUCUGAUCGUUGCCAAGCGACGGCUCGGAUGAUGGGUCAUGUGACCCUCCUGCUGCAGGCCCUGGCUGCAGGGCGCGUGGUCGCGCUGGUGACGGAGGCCGGUGACCCCUCGUGCUCCACGCUGGGCAGCGUCGUACGGUCGCUGCAGGGUCGCCCACCCUCUCCGCCGACACCGGGCGUCCGGCUGUCGCCGCCGCCCACUCCCGCCAACCUGCGGCACCUGCGUGACGCCGUGCGGGCGCACGGCGAGUGCUGGACGAUGCUGCGCGGCUGGGGCAGCGGCAGCGGCGCCAAAAAGCAGCUUCCCUGAGGUGGUGCGGUCGCCCACACAGGAAAAAGGGUUGGCGAGCCAUGGGUGGCAGACGACCCUUGAACUCUUAACUGCAAAAAAAUGAAGUUCUCCAAACACAGUGUCCACACGUGCACCCUCCAAAUUGAAAAAUGCACUUGGUGAUGCGACUGAGUAGAAGGAAUCUCGUAACUGUCGAAGUUGUACGUGUAUGCAUGCCAGUGCAUACAUCGGCGCAACCAGUGUGUGCACUGUGCACGCGAGCGCAUGUGGUUGCAUGUUUGCGAGGAUGAGUGUUCAGACUGCGCGAGUGUGCGAGGCUGCAUGUACGUGUGAGAAUGUGUGCGAGGCUGCAGGCGAUGUUCUUUGGCCUCCUGCACUCGGCAUCUUAUUGGCAAAAGGGGGCUGUUGCCGCUGUGUGGGCGCGAAUGUGAAUGUGGACAAUCGCCACACGUGAGCGAGUGCUGUGAAGGACCGGUCUCCAAUCCAAACAUUCUCGCGGUGCGCUGGACAUUCCUUUAAAGCCAACUGUUUAUUUUCAUUACAGAACAUAUACACUC